AUGGCCCUAGCAUCUACCUUGGGAGAGCUGCAGCAGGAGCUCAACUGCCCCAUCUGCCUGGACCCCCUGCAGGACCCCGUGACCCUCGACUGUGGCCACAACUUCUGUGGGACCUGCUUGGCCCAGCGCUGGGAAGACCUCCAGGAAACCCUCCCAUGUCCCCUCUGCCUGCAAGGAUGUUCGACUUCGGGAGACCAGAGAAACACACAGCUGCGUCUCCUGACCGAUGCCAUCCAGCAGCUCUCAGCUGCCAACAGUGGUCGGCAGGGAGCAGACUGCAGGGAGGAGCAGCCAAUAUGUGGGGAGCACGGGCAGCUCCUGACACAGUUCUGCGAGGUGGACCUGGAGCUGCGGUGUGCCCAAUGUGGCAUCUCCUGCGAGCGCCAGGGUCACCCCCUGGCAUCCAUCCCCGUAGCAGCUGAGCGGCACCGUAGGCAGCUCAAGGGGACAUUGGCCUCCCUGCAGCAGAAGCUGCUCCAGGCGACAAAAGAGCAGGCCUGUCUGGAGGAGCAACAACAGACACUGCAAGAAAAGGGGCACACCCGUUUGACCCAGUUAUCUAAGGAGUUUAGGAGCUUUCGGGGGAGCUUGGAAGAGGAACAGGGCCGCUUGGGCGCUGGCCUUUCCAGAAAGCUGAAGGAGGCUUCCCAGAAGGCUCUGGAGAACCGAGAGCAACUGGCGGCUCGCAGCUCCAUCCUGCAGAGCUUGCUUCGGGACAUCACUCAGGAGAAUUCGCAGGGUGACCAGGUCCUCCUGCUGAGCAUCAACCAGUUGCACAGCCAAUGCCACCAGUCCUUGCAACUGGAGGUGCCCAAGGCCCUGUCCUGCGCGCAGGUCUCCCCAAGCUCUGUCUGGGACUGCAGGAUCCCUCCACAUGCCGUGGGCCUGCACAAUCUGAUGAGCAAAUUCCAGUUGCCUCUGACGCUGGAUCCGGACACGGCCCACUGGCAGCUGAAGGUCUGUAGCCAGGGGAGAAUGGCGAUGUUCGUCAUGGACGUGACACAUCAGGGCCAAGGGCUCAGGCCUCAGGCCUUUACUUCCCACCGAGCUGUCCUGGCUUCGCAGACGUGGGAGACUGGCAGGCACUUCUGGCUGGUGCAAGUCCGCAGCACCAAUUCGUGGGCCUUGGGGGUGUGCGAGGAGGCCUUCCCCAGAACCCGGGGGGUCCCCUGCCUCCCCAGCCAGGGCUGCUGGUGCUACCACAAGGCCGGGCCUCCAGAGAGACCCGGCUACAGCCCCCGCGUGCCUCCUGCCUUCUGGGGCGUCUUUCUGGACUACGAGCUGGGAGAGGUUUCCUUCUUCGACCUGAAGGAGAGGACUCACCUGUGCACGCUCACGGGCACCUUCACAGGGCCACUUCGCCCUUAUUUCGCGGUGGGGUCUUCACCCUCACCGUUUUUCCUCCGGAUUCUCGAAGGACUACCUCGCAGGUUUUCCCUGUAG